AUGAGCUGCCAAGCCGACUGCAUAUACCCAAAACGCGACAGGCAGAUCAAGGUCAGCCAGAGGUCGUCAAAGAUCCCUUUUCUCAUAGGAGAAGUGGCAGACGCAGCGUUCGCGACGCGAUUCCGUCAAUUGCUCACGAAUCAAGCGCUUAAUCAUACCCUACGCACCAGUUACCCCGAUGACAACCAAAUAACGGAACUUGCGCAAACUGCGUGUCCUUUUGUAAUCGCUACUAACGCUCGAUUCUUGGUUCGAGUAGCCCUCAAGAGCCUGGACGGAUCCUUCCACAUUGUCCGGAAAGGCCGCAUCUGGGAGUUGCUGGAAGAGUAUCUGCAGUCACCUCACACAUUCGAUGCAUUAUCUUGCUGUAAGAUUAUGGCCCUGUUAGCGUUGGGGGAGCUAUACUCCAGUUCUUGCCGGGCCCAAGGUACAUCGAUUCCUGGACUGGCCUUUUUCAGUCACGCGAGCAAAAUGCAUGACUUGCUCCAGGGGCGGCCCUCUGUUGAUACAGUCGAAAUCUCCCUCCUCUUGUGCUUGUAUGCCCUGAGCAUCAAUAGGCGCCACUCAGCAUACUUUUUAGCCAGCUCUGCCGUACGGCAUUGCUUGCAUCUCAAUAGGAUCUGGUGGUCGGCAUAUAUGCUGGAUCAUACAACUGCGUCCAUAAGUAGCCAAAUUGCUUCUGUAUCGGACGAUGAGAUAUUCGUCGACCUUCCAUCAUGUACCGGGGUCACCGGUACGCAACAAGCCGACUUUCAGCAUACAGAAUUGUUCAUUGCCAGGAUACAACUAGCAAGAGUCACAGGGUCUAUAAUCAAGUCUGUGUAUGGAAGAGCACAAGAGACAAAACCGUUUCUCCAGAGAGUCCAGCAAGCUUUACAAGAUCUAAAACAAUGGCUUCAAAGACUGCCACCUGAUAUACAGAUGGAUUCGGGAUCUUCACAUUCAAAACCAAUAGCGGUUCAAUCUCUUCAUCUUGCUUUCAGUCAGUCCGUGAUCUUGGCAACCCGACCGGUCCUGUUGUAUAUGUUGCGAAUGCAUAAAGAGGCAAAAGGAGAGGCCCCAGCCACAGCCGAACGAAUGGUCUCAAACACCGUUCAGACGUUGGCAGAAGCCUGCAUCAGAUGCGCCCGGCACUCUUAUGCUACUGUCGUUGAGUCCUGGAUUGAAGGAUCGUUCCAGACUUUUGACUACUUCAACACACGAUGUCUCUUCUCGUCGGCAACAAUCUUGGCUAUAUCUAGUCUUUUGGAUGGGCCUGAUAGCUCCGAGAAUCGAGAAAACUUCGAGGUUGCCAGUCAACUAAUCAAGAAACUCCAGAAUGCCGGAAGUUUCUCGGCCACUGAGUUCUGUCAUCACCUCGAAGCGAUAAAAGAAAAUAUCCAGGGCUUCUCAGCCACAGGGAAUUCAUCACCAGACCAUGAACCUACCCAGUUUAUGGCUUCAGGUAUGGCGCUGGCUGAGCCAUCCUUGGAAGCGUUUUUGCAAAGCGAACAGGAUCUUCCAGAUAUAGACUUCUUCUUAGAUAAUGCCCAAGUAGGUGGUCUAUAUUGGCCUAUGUAUAGCCCUUUAUAA